ACCGGCACCGCUCCUGAUAACAACUGGUGGAGCAGCCACGCAUCGCAUCAAUAUCGCGUGAAGUUUUGGGGUUUUCCUGCGGGAGGAGGAGGGAGGAGGCACCGACUCGCUCUGCGAUCACAGCGGCCGCCGCGCAGCGACAACUUCGCCCCGCGUCCGACCUGCAAUGGAGGGAGGCUGUCGUCGCGGAUAUCGACGGUUAACGGCGACCUAAACCGAGCGGGGGACGGAGGCAGACCGGCCGAGCCGUGCUGGAGUGACUGGUCCCGUUCCGGUCCUUCCUGUCCGGUGGCUGUUGGUCCAAAGAGCUGCUCGAGGUGUCUCAGAGAGGAGGAUUGCAUCCUCACACGACAAUAACCGAGGGAAUCAAAGCUCUUCCCCCUUUCUCAGCCUUACCCCCCCUGACCACUCCUACCACUCUGGUUCGUGGUGAACUCCCCCGGUCUCGCCAGCCAGCCAGUCGGUGAGUCCAUGGAAGCUGUGUAAUCCUCUGUAAAGUAAAGGGCCCGUACGGCUGCGCUUGCUGCCUUUUGUCAUGGCGGUGGCUGUUGUUGCUGCGGAGGCCUCUCUCAGGAGAACACAGAAGGCGGCAUAAAGCCCACAAAGUGAGGAAGAGCGGGCCGAGUGGGAGACAUCAACGCUGCAAUUUGUUUGACCGGAGGAGAAUGAGCUUCACAGGGCAACGGGUGGAAUUCGAAGGGGGUGAAAGUACAUGAUGCACCCGAAAGCGAUCCCGAAUCGGACCAACUGUCGACUUUGGAGAUGUUUGCCACAUAGUGGCCUGCAGCGAGGAAUGCAGUGAAAAAAGAGAAAAGAAGGAAACAUUUUUUUUUUUCUUCUUGGUUUGGAGUAUUUUUCUAUUUUUCCUCAUCUGUGGUCCUAAUUACAGCCUUUCCCAAGUGCCUUUUUUGUUUCACUUUUUGUCAUUUGCCAUUUUUCAUAUAACAUAAAGUAACCGUCACAUUCAAUAGCCAUAUUUUAGAGUUCCCAAACAAGGUUUGACACCAGCCGCCACCAAAUCCACCGUUGGCAACAAUCCCUUUUUUUAGAAUUCUGCUUGGGGAUAAUUUACUAAGUACCAGGAUUCUGUCCGCUAGAGUCCGGUUGCGACCGAGCAAAGUGACUCCCCGCGCUUCCUUCGCCCAACGCUCGUUGCUUUGACAACACGGCGUCGUCGCCAUGAUCGGCAUCCAGUCCAAAUGGCGCUACCUUUUCAUGUUCCUGGGCAUUCAGCUGGUGGUCAUGGCGCUGCUGUCCCGGGAGGGGUACCAGAAGAGGGUCUCCUACUUCAUCCGCAUCUUCCGCAAGCCUGACGUCACGGGGCUGUCUGGCCGCAACCACACAGCGCUGGGCAUCGCUGGAGGGGACGUGUACGCCAACCUCUCCCACCUGUCCAGAAGACACGGCCAUGGAGACGUGAUGCCUUACUGCCCGAAGACGUCCCCUCUUAUUGGCGGGCCGAUCCACGUCAGCUUUCCGUCGGGCCUCACGCUGGCGGAGGUCCAGAGGAAAAACCCACUGGUGGUGCGCGGGGGACGCUACAGGCCGCCCGACUGCGAGGCGAGGCACCGGACGGCCAUCAUCAUCCCCCACAGACACCGGGAGCAUCACCUCAAGUUCCUGCUGUACUACUUGCAUCCCUUUCUGCAGCGGCAACAGCUCAACUACGGGAUUUACGUCAUUCACCAGGCCGGAAACUACACCUUCAACCGGGCCAAGCUGAUGAAUGUGGGUUUCCGGGAGGCCAUGAAGGAGGAAGACUGGGACUGUCUCUUCUUCCAUGACGUGGACCUCAUCCCCGAGGACGAUCGCAACACCUACGUCUGCGACUCCAACCCCAAGCACGCGGCCAUCGACAUGGACAAGUUCGGCUACAAGCUUCCGUACAAGAUGUACUUCGGAGGAGUGUCUGCUCUGACGCCGCUGCACUACCUCAAGAUGAACGGCUUUCCCAACAACUACUGGGGCUGGGGGGGAGAGGACGACGAUAUCGGAGUCAGAGUGACUCUGGGGGGGAUGUACAUCACUCGUCCAUCAGUGAAGGUCGGCCGCUACAGGAUGAUUAAACACAAGCUGGACAAAGGCAACGACGUGAACCCCAAGAGGUUCAACAUGCUGGCCAAGACGAGGCAGACGUGGAAGUCGGACGGGAUGAACACUGCUGAAUACGAGACAAUCUCACGGCAGUACAUGCCUCUCUACACCAACAUCACGGUCAACAUCGGCACCGAGGCCGGUCUACACCCACCCCCUGCCAAAGCUGGAGUCAAAGAACCUGGCGGAGGGCCGGCUAAAGGGCCGGCUAAAGGGCCGGCUAAAGGGCCGGCUAAAGGGCCGGCCAAAACCUCUGCCAGACUGAAAGAGGCCCACACGGAGAAGAAGAGCACUCAAUAGGAGCCGUAAUGACUGUUCAGCGUGGCACUACUUCCAUGGGAUAAUCCUGGUGGUGGUUUUUCUCCACCUGGAGUUUUCUUUCCUAUUUUCAGAUUCAGCGUCUGUGGAAGAGUUGGUUAGCGCUGGUUUAACAUUGUUCUGCCUCGCGGACACACCGGGGUGCUCGUUUGGGUGAUUGAAGCACCCGAUGGAUUAAGAAUAAGAACGAUUGAUGGGGAUUCGUCACCCCCCCCCCCCAUGCUGGUCCCUGUACACCACUGAUUCUUCUUCUUCUUCCCGGGGAGCCACAGUGAAGCGUGAGCGACAAAAGUUGGACUCUGUGAGUUUAUAUAUCUACGGCGCCGUGGUCGCUGUUUAAACCUUGUGAUGCCUUUAGAAGCCUGUACUUCCUUUUUUUUUUUUUUGUGUGUGUCUUUUCACUCGUACCUUAUGUUGUUUAGAUAUUUGGGUUUACUGAGCGCUGGCUGCAAUUUCCAGCAGUCGCUCUUUUUUUUUUUGGUCGUGAUUCCAAUGCCUAAACCAGUGAAAGAGGUGGUUUCUGGUUUCCAGUCGAGUGUGAAGCUGCUACAAUAAGUACUGAAUGAAGAAGGCGCACAGAUGUGUGUAUUGCUGCUUCUGACACAACGGUGCGCGUGUCCCAUCUGUCUGGUUGAGAGAUGCCGGCCUGUAUCCGUUCUGAUUUGCGUAUAUCAAAAAAAAGACAGCCGAUGCUGUUCGUGUGAACGAGAGAAGUUCUGUACUCGGAGGCCCAAAGGUACAGUUCCUUUUGUGUAGCAUAUCAAAUACCUGCAACAUUUGACUGAAUCUCGUCUUUGUGCUUUUGCCUUUUUUCAGAGCAGGUGUCUUCAGAUGAGCUUGAGAUUCACAUCAAAAUGGAGUUUUUCUUUCUGUAGCCGUGUACUUUAUAUCUCUGUAUCCCUCAAGAGUGCCAGCUUCCUCCCGUUACCCUUCAUCGUCGAGAAAUGACCUGGAAAAAGCUUUAGCGCCGCCCAGCCCCAAAUGGUUAUUUCUUCAGCAUUAUCCGGUCCAGGAAUGUAGAUUUUCUAAAUGCUGCUGUUUCAAGCUCACGGUGACGUAGCCAAACAAGAAGGGUCGCACAGUGCCGCUGGCGAGAAAUCAAACGAAACAAAAUGUUUCCAAUGUCUUGAGCCUGUUAAUCAGGAAAUUGGUCUCCCAGCUCGACUGUGUGGGUCUUUUUGUUUCCCGACAAACGUGUCUUCCACUCGCAAUCACACGGAGACGCGCCCCCAACCCCCCUCUUCCACUAUCGUGCCCCCUGGCCUGCAUGUCGGCUUCACUUCUCUCCACUCUUGACAGAUUUGAUUGUAAACCCGAGAGAAGGUACUGGCGCUCCCACCCGGUGAGGGGGGGGGGGGGAAGCCGUGCUGAUAGCUGAAACCAAAAAUGACUGCGUGUGCGUGUGGACGGUAUGCGUGACGUGAAUAAACAUUCUCUUCCUACCAAUAUUUGUAGCAUAUUUAAAUUGUGUUGCAAUCUUAAACCAACAGGUAUUUCGUUUUCCCCACAUUUACAAACCCUGCAGUUCAUUUAGAGAAGGGAUGAGAAUAGUUAAUGAUGAGGGACUUUGUUUUUUCUACUGGAAACGCAGCUACACGUCCUCGUGGAAUUUGUCCGCUGACGAGAAGCUCAGCGAGUGGUUCCCUGUGAUUCCCAUAAAUAGACGACUAUAUACUGGUAUAUUGUUUUGAUGUGUAUUCGUAUUCAACUCUUAUGGCCUUAGCGACACACUCAAUACUCUUGGACACUUACACAAUAGCAAUUUUUAUACAAAGACUAAAUAUGCAUGGCAACCAAGCUUUUAGUGAGAGAAUGUUCUGGACACGAUACGGAGGUGAAGCAGCGCUCAUCCAGAAGUGCGUGCGUGUGUGUGUGUGUGUGUGUGUGUGUGUGUGUGUGUGUGUGUGAAGUCACAACCUACAUUUCUGCAUCGUUUACUUGACCUGAUUUAUUUUUUUUAAUUUAGCUACUUUUAUUAGAUUUGAUUCCUUUCUGCUGUGGUCAUGCUGCCCAGUCACAAGCGAGUACCGUGUGACUUUAGGAGUUAUUUCUGCUCAUUAUGAAUUCUGCACAGUCCAUAGUGGCCUUAAUUUCAUUAAUAAACUGAAUAUUCAAAAAGAUUUUUGUUGUUUCGUACCUUCAAAUAAAGUGGCGUUUGCGUCCCUCUCAAUGACGUUCCGCCAGGAGCAAA